AUGGACACCCAGGGGCUCUUGGCGUUGCAGGAGGCCUGCGAAAGCAUGCUGGUGGGACUUUUCGAGGACAUGAAUGUUUGCGCGGUUCACUGCAAGCGCGUGACGAUCAUGCCCAACGACCUCGUCCUGUGCCGCCGGCUCAAUGGCAGCUGGACGUGGGACAGCUCUCGAAGGCCCCAAACGCCGGGCCAUUAG